AUGUCAGAUCUCUUUUUUUCGUAUAUAAGACUUUCACAGAAAUUCACAUUCAUUCAAGGUCCUCCUGGUACAGGAAAAACAAGAACAAUUGUUGCUAUAACAAAGUCAUUCAUUGAUGCAGGAAUCAAACCAGUUUUGAUUGUUGGACAUUCCAAUCUCACUGCUGAUUUCUGCUGCCAAGAAUUAAGGCAUAUAAAUGUUGGCCGUGUUUUGUCAUUGCAAAUUGAAGAUGCUAUUGUCGCAGCAAAGGCAAAUGAAAUUGAUUCUGAAUACGAUCAUCCAAUUCCAGGAUUCAAUAGAUCAGACUAUUCCAUUCAUCGUAAAGCAGUUGAUGCUUAUAACAAUAAGAAUGGUAUUGAAGCUGGUACAUAUCCAAACAUGAGGAGAAUGAAGGUUUACAGGGAAUUGAAGGACAUCGAACAAAAAUUAAUCAUGGACAAAGAUGCAAUUUGCGUUACAUCUUCCACAAGUGGAGCAGCAAGGCUUGAUACAUUGAAGAAUACUAAAUUAAGAUUCCCUGUUGUUAUCUUUGAUGAAGCAGGUCAAUGCAUUGAUCCAGAUUUCUUGAUUUCUUUGUGUCAUUUCCCUGAAAGAAUGAUUCUUGUUGGCGAUACAUUUCAAUUGGGCCCUUUGAUUUUGAAUCGUUCAGCAGAGCAAUGUGGACUUGGAGUUAACAUUUUGACAAAAUUGCUCAAACAAGAAAUAGCUCCAAAUCUUCUUGUUCAUCAGUACAGAAUGCAUCCCGCACUUCUUGAAUUCCCUUCAAAAUACUUUUACCAUGAUCUUGUUAAAAGUGGAAUCAAAGCCGAUGCCAGAAUUUUUGCUUAUCCAAAGGGCAAAAUGUUCAAAUUCCCUAAUCCAGAAAAGCCUCUCAUGUUCUGGGAUGUCGAUGGAAAAGAAAGCGUUGGCUCAGAUGGAAACUCAUUUGUUAACUUGGUUCAAGCAGAUGCAGUUUCUAAGGCUUUGGAUGCUUUGCAUGAAGCUGGAAUUCCACCAGAAUCCAUUGGUAUCAUCACUGCAUACAAUGGCCAGAAUGAUUUCCUUAUGGACAAUCUUGGAGAAAUAUGCAGUGUCUGCGGUGAAAAGUUUAUCAACAGAGUUGAAAUCGCAACAGUUGAUGGAUUCCAAGGCAGAGAAAAAGACUUCAUCAUCUUCAACUUGGUCAGAUCAAAUCCAGAUUUCAACAUUGGCUUCCUUGUUAGGAAAGAAAGAUUGAAUGUUUCCAUCACAAGAGCUCGUUAUGGUCUCAUUGUAAUUGGAAGUGCAAGAACUUUCUCUGGAUGCCAAAUGUACUGCGACUGGAUGAAAUACUUUGUUGACAAUAAUUGCUUCAUCAGAGGCGAUGACUUCACGUGUCUUUAUCCAAGUUCUUUCACAUCUCAUGUCGGAGAAAAGGAGAGGAAGGAACAAGAAAGAGCACAACGCCAGUGUGAAAAUAAGAAGUAA